AUGGACGCAAAAAUACUUGCAGCUUCUGCAAAAUAUCCCAUCAAUGCUGGCCAUGUCUACAAAUAUGGCACGGCUGGCUUUCGCAUGAAGGCUGACUUGCUCCCCAGCGUCAGCUUUCGUGUCGGUCUGCUUGCUGGCCUGCGUAGUCGCAAGCUAAACAGCCAGGCCAUUGGUGUCAUGAUUACGGCUAGUCAUAACCCAGCUCCCGAUAACGGCGUCAAGAUUGUCGACCCCAUGGGCGAAAUGCUCGAGCAAGAGUGGGAAGCCUAUGCCACCAAGCUUGUCAACUGCGCCACCGACCAGGAGCUUCUCGACACUUACAAGGCCCUCGCUACACAGCUCAAGAUUGACCUCGAAGCUCCCGGUCGUGUCAUUUACGGCAGAGACACUCGUCCCUCUGGGCACGGUCUCGUUGUUGCCCUGGCAGACGCUCUCGACGCUACCAGCACAGAGCACACCGACUUCAAGAUCCUUACCACCCCUCAGCUGCACUACUUGGUCCGCUGCAUCAACACCGAGGGCACACCCAAAUCUUAUGGCAAAGUCAGCGAGGCUGGUUACUACGAGAAACUCUCUGAAGCCUUUGUACGUGCUCUGCGCGGACGCAAAAUUCAAGGCCAGCUCAUUGUCGACUGCGCCAACGGCGUUGGUGGCCCCAAGUUUGCCGAGCUCCUCAAGAUUAUUCCCAAGGAUGUCACUGGAUUCAACGUCAAGGUUGUCAAUGACGACGUGCUUCGACCCGAAGUGCUGAACCUCGACUGUGGCGCCGACUUUGUCAAAACAAGACAGCGCAACCCUCCGAACCCCAAGCCCGUUCCCGGCGCCCGAUGCUGCUCUUUCGACGGUGAUGCGGACCGUCUCAUCUACUACUGGAUCGAUCCCGACACCGGUUUCUUCAUGCUUGAUGGCGAUCGCAUUUCUUCGCUCUGCGCUUCCUUUAUUGGCGAGCUUGUCCGCUCUGCUGGCCUCUCAGACGAUCUUCGCAUCGGCGUUAUCCAGACGGCGUACGCCAACGGCGCUAGCACCAAGUACAUUGAGAAGCUGCUGCAGCUUCCCGUCGUAUUUACGCCCACUGGUGUCAAGCACUUGCACCACGCCGCUUGUCAGUACGAUAUUGGCGUCUAUUUCGAGGCCAACGGUCACGGGACUGUUGUCUUCUCGCAGGAGGCCUUGCGUCUGUUUAGAGCCAAGCAGCCCCAGUCGCCUGCUCAGAAGGACGCCCUCGAAACUCUUGCUGCCAUUGGUGACCUGAUUAACCAGACUGUUGGUGAUGCCAUUUCCGACAUGCUCAUGGUUGAAGUUGUCCUCGCCCACAAGGGCUGGACUCUGAAGGACUGGGCCACUACAUACACGGACCUCCCCAACCGCUUGGUCCGUGUCGAGGUCGCAAACAAGGAUGCUUUUGAGGCUACGGAUGCUGAGCGUCGCUUGGCCAAACCGGAUGGAGCACAGGACGCCAUCGACGAGUGUGUUAGGAAAUACACGUCGGCGCGCUCUUUUGCUCGAGCCAGUGGUACCGAAAAUGCUUGUCGCGUUUACGCAGAGGCUGCCUCGCGUGCCGAGGCGGAUGAGCUGGCCAACAAGGUUGCGCAGAUUGUCAAGCAGUUUGGCUCUUAG